CGCAGACGGAGACGGCGCCAGACAAUAUGUGUAACAGGCUGGCGCCAGAACGGGCCGCUUCAACGCGCGCCGAGUGACCACUUUUCAAUUUGCCAACCAGUAAGCAUGUCGCUCGCCACGCUCCGCAGCUCCGUCAUCGACGCCCGUCGCGAGGGCAGCCACACCGAGUACGCGAUCAAGGUCCAGGUCUCGAUCGACGACGAGUCGAUCGUCAUCUACCGCCGCUACUCGGCGUUCGUGCAGCUCCAGAAGUUUGUGCUGCGCCACCUCAAGGAGGGCCAGUGCUGCAGCGGCGGCCGCUGCCUCCUCGAGUCGUUCCUCAAGUCGCUCUUCGAGACCGAGUUCCCGAACGCCAACUUCCUCUCGAAGAACUCCAAGUCGGUCGUCCAGGACCGCGUCUACUUUCUCAACGAUUUUCUCAUGCGCAUGCAAGAAACCAUGGCCAAGUGCCCGCCGCGCAUCAUCCAGCGCUGCGAAACCGAGGGCUGCAAGGUCUCCAAGCUGCUCAAGAGCUUCCUCGGCGCCGUCGCUGUCAACCCUGCCCACUACGAGUAGAGGCGUACGCUGCUGCUGCUGUAUAUUUACGAUUGAUCUUCUCCUCGAGAGGGCGCAUGCCGUAGCGAUCGCGUCGAUUGCAGACAACGUCGCUGCGGAAGCCGCCUUAUUUAAGCCCACAAACAACCCUUGCAUUCUAUCUCCA